AUGCUGCCGUGGAAGAAACACAAGUUCGAGCUGCUCGCCGAGGCGCCGCCGAGGCAGGCGUCCAAGCCCAAGGGCUACGCGGUGAGCCUGCACUACUCGGCGCUCAGCUCGCUGGCGCGGGCGUGCCCCGAGGGCGCGCUCAGCCGGGUGGGCAGCAUGUUCCGCUCCAAGCGCAAGAAGCUGCACAUCACCAGCGAGGACCCCACGUACACCGUGCUCUACCUGGGCAACGCCACCACCAUCCAGGCGCGCGGCGACGGCUGCACCGACCUCGCGGUGGGCAAGAUCUGGAGCAAGAGCGAGGCGGGCCGCCAGGGCACCAAGAUGAAGCUGACGGUGAGCGCGCAGGGCAUCCGCAUGGUGCACGCCGAGGAGCGUGCGCUGCGCCGCCCGGGCCACCUCUACCUGCUGCACCGCGUCACCUACUGCGUGGCGGACGCGCGGCUGCCCAAGGUCUUCGCCUGGGUGUACCGGCACGAGCUCAAGCACAAGGCGGUGAUGCUGCGCUGCCACGCGGUGCUGGUGUCCAAGCCCGAGAAGGCGCAGGCCAUGGCCCUGCUGCUCUACCAGACGUCGGCCAACGCGCUGGCGGAGUUUAAACGGCUCAAGCGGCGGGACGACGCGCGCCACCAGCAGCAGGAGCUGGUGGGCGCGCACACCAUCCCGCUGGUGCCGCUGCGCAAGCUGCUCCUGCACGGGCCCUGCUGCUACAAGCCGCCGGUGGAGCGCAGCCGCAGCGCGCCCAAGCUCGGCUCCAUCACGGAGGACCUGGUCGGCGAACAGCAGGAGGAGGAGGAGGAGGAGGAGGAGGAGCUGCAGGAGGAAGAGGAAGAGGAGCACCCCGAGAACUGCCUGGAGGAGGAGGAGGAGGAUCGUGCCAGGCAGAGGGAUCCGGCCGAGGAAGAGGCCGAGGCGCAGCGGGCGCUGGUGGUGGCCAUGCACUUCGAAUGCGGGGACUUGCUGGACACGUUGGAGAGCGGCCGGGAGGAGGCGCUGGCGGGUAGCGGGGUCUCGUUGGGCCCCGGGGCUGGGCCGCCACCGCCUUUGCUGCUGGGUGGCUCCUCCGACGUGAAGGCCGAGCUGUCGCAGCUCAUUAACGACCUGGGCGAGCUCAGCUUCGGCAACGACGUGCGGAGCCUGCAGGCUGACCUGCGGGUGACGCGCUUGCUGUCUGGUGAGAGCACCGGCAGCGAGAGCUCCAUAGAAGGCGGGGGCCCAGAUGCCACCUCUGCCCCCGCCGCUGGGGACCCGCCUGGCCCUACGGACCGCGCCAGCCCAGACGAGCCGCGCUCGGGCUAA